CAGCCACAUCUUCUUCAACAGUUGAUGAGUUUUCGGCCCCUUGCCUUGUCGGCUCUUACUACUCUGAACCAUCUUGUUUUAUUUAUUCGACGCUAAGGAUGUUUCCCAUCCACAGCCGCGGCGUAGGGCUCUCCAAUCUUUACCUACUUGCUGGAAUUAUCUGGACCUGGACUUUCAGUUACCUAGCCAGUGCUGACGAUUUUCGACCCACGUUUCAUUUCGUCCCAGAGCAGAAUUGGAUGAACGAGCCCAAUGGCUUGAUAAAGAUUGGAUCCACAUGGCAUCUUUUCUUUCAGCAUAACCCCACUGGCAACUUCUGGGGUAACAUAGUUUGGGGCCAUGCGACCAGCACGGACUUGGUCAGCUGGAAGUAUCUACCGGUUGCUCUCGGCAAUGAGGACGGCGUCCAAUCAUUCACGGGAACCUCUUAUUACGAUGAAGCAAACACAUCUGGUCUGGGCACCGAAGACAGCCCACCAUAUCUUGCAUUCUUCACCGGCUACUUUCCUGACACCGGUGUUCAGGAUCAGCGACUUGCGUUUAGCCUAGACCAGGGCGCCACUUGGACCAAGUUCGAGGCAAACCCGGUCAUAUCUGAGGAGCAGGAGGCACCGCACGACGCAACAGCCGGCUUGGAGACGCGCGACCCAAAGAUCUUCUUCCACGAUGCUUCGGAGAAAUGGAUAAUGAUUCUCGCACACGGAGGACAAGACAAGAUGACGUUCUGGACAUCCCCCGACGCGAAAGAAUGGACUUGGCAAAGCGACUUUACCUCCGAUGCUAUUGCCGGUCUUCCAGGCGACGUUACAGCCUGGGAGGUUCCUGACUUUUUCCAACUUGCCGUCGAGGGUUCUACCGAAACGAAAUGGGUCAUGUUGAUAACUCCUGCCCAAGGGUCUCCCGCUGGUGGUAACGGAGUGUUUGGAAUCACUGGAUCAUUCGAUGGUACCAAGUUCACUGCGGACCCGGUUGACCCAGCUACUAUGUGGCUUGAUUACGGACGGGAUUUCGAUGGUGCCAUGAGUUGGGAAAACGUACCCACGUCCGAUGGGCGUAGGAUAAUUUCCUCUGUGAUGAACAGCUACGGCGACAACCCACCGACGACUACGUGGAAGGGCAUGCUUUCGUUCCCGCGCACGUUGAAGCUCAAGAAGAUUGGCGAAGAACUGCGCUUUCUCCAGCAACCAGUCGAGGAACUGGACGCGGCAAGCACAACAGUCACGCAUAUAACGAACGAGACCCUCUCUCCCGAGCAAACACUGCUGUCGAGUAUUCACGGGCGGGCGUUAGACGUCCGCAUUUCUUUUGUUCCAAGUGCAGACUCUAACCUAUCUCUUUCGGUCCGAAAAGGCGAAUCUGAAGAGACGGUGAUUAUCUACGCCCAGUCUAGUGGGACAGUUUCGGUCGAUCGUCGCGCGAGUGGUGAUAUCUCCUGGGACCCAGCUGCAGGUGGUGUUCAUUCUGCGCCUUUGUCACCAGAUGCAAGCGGUGUAGUACAACUGCGGGCUUUGGUAGAUGAGUGUUCCGUGGAGGUCUAUGGCGGCGAAGGUCAGGUGGUGAUUUCCGAUCUUAUAUUCCCCGCAACAGCUUCUGACGGCCUUUCCUUGACUACGGCUGGCGGAAAUGCGGAAUUACUCGAAGUAGAAGUGCUCGAGGUUUCAUUGUAGCUAGGAUUUGCUGUUAGCGCUCGCUGCUAGGCCUACUAUAAUCGCUCUACCUGCUACUGUCGCCCUACUUAAUACUCUGCUGUCUCUCGCUGCUGCGCCUUCCGUAGUCGCUUUACCUGCUGCUGUCGCCCUACUGGACGCGCUGCUAUAGUCGUUCUACCUACUACUAUUACUACUGUAACCGUUUUUAAUCCGCUAUAAAUUCGCUCUAUUAGCUACUAUCGCCCUACUUAAUAUACUACCUUUCCACG